AGUAGACGCAUUUAUUUUUAUUUCUCUUCCGACGCCAAGUUUAAAUUCUAUGAGGUUUGACUCGUGACUGGCGAAUGGCGAAUUGUUUAGAAGUUGGCAGUCCAUCAACACAGUGAAAGAUUAUGAGGCCUAGCUGGUUGUCGUGGAUCUGUAUUUUCUGGUUUGUAGCAGAGAGCAGGACAUUGGUGUGUGAGUCAUACGAUCACAAAUGCAAAACGCUCCACUCCGCUUCGUUGAAAAACUCAACGUGUUCGUCGCUACAGCAGUGUGAUGAGACUUGGCCUGGGUCGAUUCCCGCGUGUUAUGCAUUGUUAGCUCAGAACAAAGAGGGAGGACUCAGUGUCCUGAGGAAGGGAUGUACAUCUCAGAUUGGUAAAGAAUGUACUCGAUCAUACGCGUGUAAUGGACAACGGAAGCGUCUUCGUAACAAACUACAACCCCUUUACUACUGCUGCUGCAUUGAAGACAAUUGCAACCGUGAUGUCAUCAUGUUUCUAAAAGAAGAGAAGGAGGAAAUUUAUACGAUGGAUGACAUCACAAAGGCUCUCAUGAAUUUAAAAUGGUUGAUCUGGGCUCAUCUUGUGACAAUAACUAUAAUUCUAUUACUGAUUGCGUUCGUAUCACUGGGUCUGAUAUUGAUGCUAAGCAAACGGCACAGAAAAACCGCAAGGCAUGGGAGACAUUCCUGUCCAGUGCGGGUCUGCGAUAAAGGAAGUCAUCAUCACCAUAACUCAUCUCAGUGGAAGAAACAGGACUUCCAACUGAUCAUGUGUCUCGUGCGAAGUUCGUUUGGUGAAAUAUGGCAGGCCAGGUUACAUGGUUCCAAUCGAGUAGUCCGCAUUCGAUUAACAGCAGGCUCAGACGAUGUCUUUGUGUACGACAAACACGUUUUGUUUAAAAAAACAAACGUCGACACAACAAGGGUAGUAUGACAAGAGAUUUUAUAAGUUUAACUGUGUACCUAUGAAAUGAAGAAGAUAUUCGGAAGUAAUAUCCCACUCAUUUAAGUUAAUAUUUAUGAUAUAAUUAUUGUUGCAUUCAAAAAAUAGAACCUGAGCGUGUAUAAGACCAUAAAGAGAUUAGGAAAUUUCAGACUAUACAUCUCUUACGUAUCAUCUGCAUCAGAUAUUGGGUUAUCAUGUCGAGUUCAAAGUCUGCCUAGUUUCCAAACCCCUCUUUCGUGUUGUGUUCUCAAACUUUUGCAAACUUAAAGAGAAUUGUCUUCUUUUGCAGAUUGUUUAAAACGUAUUAUAAAACAAUUAUUGAAUUCGAUAUUCGCAUGAUAUCAUGAAUUAUCAAACCGUGUGUCUGUGUUAUCUGCCUCAGCCUUCAGCUUCUUAACUCAAAUUCGGGACAAAACAGAAUUGGAAUGUAAGUUGGUUCCCUCUUUUUUAUUUGUCGAUUUUUCUGCCUUGUAAUAACGGAAAUAUAAACAUCAAUUUGAACUUGAAUUCUAAGCAGCAUGGAAGUCUUCAUGUAAUCGGCACAGACAGAUAAAUAAUGUGUACAUAAUUUAAUGAUAAAGUGUAACUUAUUAAAUCAUAACAUUUUACAGGUAUAGAUUAUUGCGUUGUUUCCUAAUGUAGUCAUGAAAAUAAUAUAAUUACAUGCAUGAAAAGUAUUAACAUGUUAAAUUAAUGUACAUAAUCUACCAAUAAUUUAUAAUUAAACUGAUGUAUCCAUGUAAAAA